AUGACUUUUGUGCUGUCUGCUAGUAUCGCUUGUGGUGGCAUUAGUGUUUAUUUUGUACGAUUCUUGGGCAAUUCUACAGCUACAGCUAAAGUUUCGCAGAUUUGUAUAAUUCUAUAUCGUCUGUUCUUGCACCCUUUAUCCGCGCAUCCUGGACCAUUCCUUGGCAAGUGUACGUCGUGGUAUGCGGCAUACCAUUCGUACAAGGGCACUAUCCACACCGACAUCUUAAGGUGUCAUGAGUUAUACGGUAAGAUCUCGCCUUAUUACUACUAUAUCUACGCCAGUCCCUCAAAAGUGGUCAAGUCAGAAGGGUAUUUGUCCAUGCGACGAGAUGACGCAGUCAGUAUAUUGAACGCCUUUAACAGGGAGGAGCAUGCACCUAGGCGAAAGCUGCUCAGUCGGGCGUUCUCCACAGCUGCGCUGGGAGACUAUGUACCGAUGAUCUACAAGACCGCGAAAAUCUUCACGGACUCCAUACUUAGUGUCACGGAUGGCGUCGAGACGAACGGCGAAUGGGGCGACGUGCGAGACAUCGGUACUUUAAGUUCAUACUUCACUUUUGACGUUAUGUCGCACGUUGUUUUCUACAGUCCGCAGAACCUCAUCACAAAGACACAUGGUCGCUCCAUUGUGCACGGAAUUGACAGUUCCACGAUUAUAGCCGGACUUGCACUUGAGCAGCCCUUGUUAGCGCGUUCUCGACUAUUGACGAGGAUUCUGCUUCCUGGUCAUUCUAACAAUGCGCGAGCUUUCUACGAGUCUACACGACAGUUUGCAGCUGAGAGGAUUGCCCUUGAGGAGCAGCAACAUGUCGAUGAUAUCUUCGGAAGCUUACUACGCACCGGUAGCAAACGCCUUUCUCUUUUUGAUCUUACUGCUGAUGCAUUGACAAUGAUCAUAGCAGGCACUGAUACGUCCUCUGUCGCAAUAUCCGCAUUCUUCUACUACACCUCACACUAUCUUAAUUCGUAUUCGCGCGUAGUCACUGAGGUUCGAUCCAAGUUCACCAGCGCUGAUGACAUACAACCUGGUGCUGCGCUAACUUCUUGCGUGUACCUACGCGCCUGUAUUGACGAAGCCAUGCGUCUUGCACCGCCCGUCGCUGCACCCCUAUGGCGCUCGACAAUUUCGGCAGACACGAUUGAUGGCGUUCCACUGCCUGCCGGCACUGACGUAGCAACAAGCAUCUACUCCAUUCAGCGCUCGCCUGCUCUUUUCUCCGACCCUGAAACGUUUGUGCCAGAGCGCUGGCUUCCAGAGUACGCCAGUAGCAUUCCGCUCGAGCUAUCGAAGAAAGCAUUCCACCCCUUCUCGUUGGGAAGCCGAGGCUGUAUUGGCAAGAAUCUCGCAUACAUGGAGCUAACGACUGUGCUCGCGCAGAUUGCGUAUCGCGCAGAUUGGAGACUUGCACUUGAUCCAGAUGGCAAGGUAGAUUACAAGCUAGCGGCGCAUUUUACAAGUGUAAAGAGCGGGCCAAUGUUACGCUUUAAGCGUAUAAUAGAAGAGUGUUAA